AUGGGCUCUGUCAUCGGCACGGCGGCGAGCGGCCUCGGCUCGCUCGUCGGGAACGUCAUCUCGUCGCCGUUCAACGGUGUCUCCUGCGAGCGCGUUUGCUCGGGGACAUGGGACUUGCUCUGCUUCAUCGAGCACCUCUGCGUCACAAGCGUCCUCAAGUUCAUCUUGGCUGUCAUACUCGUCCUCAUCGUGCUCUACGUCUUUUACCUCCUAUGCAAGCUAGGCGUCGUCAAGUGCCUGGCCAAGAACGCCUGCAAGCUGGUGUACAUGCCCUGCUGGGGCGCCUGCCGCGUGCUCCACCACCUCUGGCGCAAGGUGCGCGACACCGAGCGAGUGUACCGCGGCCGGCGCGGCCAACGGCGCCAGCAGCCCGACGACAUCGAGUUGGGGGACCUCAGCACGAGCAGCUACGACGUCGACUACAGGGGCUCGUCGCCGUCGCCGUCGUCAUCUGAUUACAGUGCCCACCACCGUGGGGGCGCCGCGGCGGGCAGGUCGUCCAGGUGGGAGUCGUCGACGUCGUCGUCGGCGUCGGUGCGGGGGAGGAGGAAGGACAGGCUUCGGCAGUCCCUGCGCCCGAGGAGGGCCAGCUCCAAGGUGGAGCACGCCAUGAGGAUAAGCCGUGAGAGUGACAGUGAACGCCGGCAUCCCCAUCAUCCCCAUUCGAUCGGGGCCAGGAGGAAGGAGGAUUCGUCCCUCCACGACCACGACCGUGGCUCGGCGGCUCGUGACCAUUCGCAUGCGCACCGCCGCACAUGA